UUUAGCUGAAGUGUAUGCUGAUUGGUGUUGUGAAUUUAAGUCGAUAAUAAAUUCUUCAAUUUAUUCGGUUGAAAUGUAUUUUUCUUUUAUAUUUUUUUUAAAUAAUUUUAUCUAACAUUAAAUUUUAACUAUUAUAAAUUAUGAAUCAAGUAUGGGUGUAUUGAGUUAUAAUAAAAAAAAAUCUCGUUAAAGUGAUGACAUUAAAAAAAAUUGUAAAAAUGUCAACAAAAUCUCAAAUAUCUACAGAAUUAAGCGAGAGUAUCAGCAAUGUAUUAGGGAAAAAUGCGAAAAUUCUCUAUAAAUCGCUUAUUCGUAUGGAGUCAAGAGGUGAUAAAGUUGAUAACCGUGUUUUGGUUGUAACUGCAUUCAGGGUUUUCAUAACAACAACUAAAGUGCCAACAAGGAUUGACAAUGGAUUUCACUUAAUGGAAAUAGAAGCUCUAGAGAGCAAGAAGCCGAAUCAUUUGUCUAUAACUCUAAUUCACGAGCACAAGCCAGUCUCGAUCCUAAUAGGCGAGGAGGGCACUUCCGAAGGCGUUAUUAAUGCUAUUCACGCGCUGAUUGCGGCAUUUGAUGACUUAUUUCCUAAUGUAGCUAUGGAGGACAUUGUUACAAAGGUAAAUUUACCAUUUCCACUGCAACCAGUGAGCGGUACUAGAAAACAUUCCACGUGUGGUGAUUUCUCGAAUCAAUACGCCGCCAUGUGCGAUCUCUGUCAGACACCCUUCAGAGCCGAGGUUGCAUGGGACAUCGAUACGAUAUACUUGGCGCAUGAUAUUAGAAUGUUACAUUUAAAAGAUUUUGACCAUUUGGAUCAAAGGGACCUGAUCCCGCUGGUGAUGGCGCUGCAGCACAACACGUGGUUCGACGGCGUGUGCGGCGACGGCGUGCGCGUGGGCGGCGAGGCGUGGGAGGCCGUGGGCCGCCUGCUGCGCGCCGCCGCGCCGCCGCCCCGCCAGCUCAGCUGGCGUGCCGCCGCGCUGCGCCACGACCACGCCGCGCGCCUCGGACACGCGCUGGCCCGCGCGCGCCUGCCGCCCGCCAUGCACACCGUCGACCUCUCGCAGAACCACAUCGAGGACAAGGGGGCCAUUAGCAUGCUUACAGGUUUAGGGAACAACCCGGACGGGUUGAGGUACAUAGCGCUGUCGCAGUGCGGACUGACCGGCAAGACGGUGUCCCACCUGGCGGUCAUGCUCAACGACAGUCCGUGCCAUCUGUCCACGCUCUCCCACUUGGAUCUGUCGCACAAUAAUCUUAAGGACGACGUUCACAAUCUAUAUAAUUUUUUAGCUCAACCUAACGUAUUAAAACAUUUAAAUUUGAUAAACACGGAAACUACUCUGGAAAAUAUGUGGGGCGCGCUGCUGCGCGGGUGCGCGGCGCGGCUGUCGACGCUGCUGCUGGCGCGCAACCCGUGGUCGGCGGCGCGCCGCCCGCGCGACCCGCCGCCCUCCUUCCGGCAGUUCUUCACGGCCUGCCUCGCGCUCACCGACCUCGACUUCUCCUACUGCAAGAUGCCGCCGGACGCGCUCAAGAGCCUGCUGCUGGGGCUUGCGUGCAACGAGAGUGCGGCGGGCGUAAAGCUGAACCUGGCGGGCGUGCUGUCGUCGUCGCAGGCGGCGCACGUGCUGGAGUCGUGCGUGCACGGCGUGCGCUGUCUGCAGGCGCUCGACCUGUCCGACAACAGUAUGGAAUUCGAAUUAUCCGGAAUAGUGCGGGCGAUAGGAAAGAAUCAUUCAAUAACACAACUAUCUUUAAGUAAACUGACAGGGAAAAGGUCGUAUGCGCCACCUUUAAUUCAGGGCUUAGUUCAUGUGCUACAAGAACCCGAUACGGCUUUGACAACAUUAGAUCUUAGCGAUUGUAAACUUAAGAGUGAUUUGUACGGCCUACUGAACGCGUUAGGAGGCGCGCGGAGAUUGCGCACGUUAGACGUGGGCGGCAACCUCGCGGGCGACGCCGGCGCGCGACUGCUGGCCAAGGCGCUGCAGUGCAACUGCACGCUACACACCCUGUACAUAGACAGGAACGCGUUCAGUUUGCAAGGUCUGACGGACAUCGCGACGGCGCUGCGGCGCUCGGUGAGCGUGCGGCGCGUGGAGUUCCCCGGCUGCGACGCGGCGGCGGGCGGUCGCGGGGCGUCCGAGCGCGUCGCCACGCUGUGGCGCGACCUGCACGAGAGGCUGGCGACCAACGGCAGCGCGGGGCAGAGCGGACGCGUGCGCGCGCUGGCGCUGGAGCGCGCGUGGGCGGGCGGCGAGGCGGCGGCGGCGCUGGCGGCGCAGGCGGCGGCCGCGCUGCCCCCCCCGCCGCUGCCCGCCGCCACCGAGCGCGCCGCGGCGGCCGCGCACCACCUGCUGCACCAGUACUUGCAGAGGUGUAGUGAAGUGUUCGCUGCCAUGGGUGGCAACGGUGGCGGUAGUGAGCUGGUGACGUUGCAGGCCGUGCGCGAUGCUAUGGCGCCUUGCAACACUACCCUACAGGACCUGCUCAACGAAGCGGUCGAGAGACUAGCGUUGUCAGCGUGCGAGAGUGUGGAGGGCGCGGAGAGCGAGCGCGGCCCGGUCAUCGACCCCGAGAUGCCCGACCUGCUCUCGCCCAUUUCACACUCCGGGAAAUUGGAUUAUUUGAAUUUGGCCACGCCGCUGGGCUGCCGGCGCCGCGAGCGCGGGCGGCGCGUGCGGCCCAAGUCCGUGGCGGAGCAGCAGCAGUGCAGCAGCAACGAGAUGCUGUCGCUGCCGCCGCUGCACGCCGAGGCCGCCGACGCGCUCGCCGAGCUGCCCGCGCACACGCUGCGGCACCUGGUCAAAGGGCGACCGAGAAGAGCAAAAACUAGAGCGCCGACACGACCCGUCACCGAUCAGUCGCAAGACAUAGACGAGGGGCUGGACGAGUUCUGGCGUGCGUGCCGCACGCCGCCCGGCAGCGAGGAGGCGUCGUCGCUGUCGGCGCGCACGCCGCUCACGUCGCGCUCGCUGCACUCGCUGUCGUCGCUGGCGUCCGCCUCGCCCGCCUCGCCCGCCUCGCCCUCGCCGCUGCGACACUCGCCCACGCUGCGCCGGGACGACACCAUGUACAGCGUGACAUCUGGCGAAAGUACGCCGGUUCUCUUAGAGUGUGAAGUGUCUCGAUGCAAAUCUUCGGACAACGUGGGCAUUAAAGCGGCACCCACCACGCCACCGCCAUCGCGUUCAUCUGACAAUGUCAACACAAUGGGCAACGGCACGGCGCGCGGCGGCGGCAAGGCGCGGCCGUGGUCGGUGGCGGGCGGCAACGCCGACAGCGCCGCGCUCUGCACCACAGAGGGCGUGGAGGCGUGCGUGGGCGGCAGCAUCGUGGGCAUCACCCCCGGCGCCGCACUAACCAGUUCAAUGAUGCGUGAUCAUCCUUUAACUCCUGAGGGCACAGAGGCCUGAACGAAGCACAAGUAAAUGUGAUGAAGCCAACGUGAUAAGCUGAGCAGGGUUAACAAUGAAUCGGACUUUAUCUCUCAUGCUCACUAUUGUGCCAGUUAGAUGUUAGGCUCUAGUUACUCAUAGUCAAGGUGACAACAUACGCUGUGCUCGAAGACAUCAUUUCGUUCUUUCAAUACUGAAUGUUUUAUAGUAUUUAAUUCUGCUAAUUAUUAAUAGUGGAUACGGCAUAAUAAUUCCAAGUAAAGGCUAGGUAAGGUAUUCGAACCAUAUAAUCGUUUUUUAUUAACUGUGAUGAGUUAGUAUUAUUUAGUAGCAAUUAGUAUAUUAUAUACAAUAUUUUAUCGCAUAUGUUAUAUUCUUACUGCUUAUAUUGAGCACACCAUGUGAUUAUUUUAGUCUCACAAAUGUCGAGGGAAGUUAUUACGGCGAUUCUCCUUCGAAUUAUCUAAAACAUUUAUUUUUAAGCAGAUUAUUAAUGUUGUCAUAUCUUUUAAGUUAUUCUUAUCCCUUUACACGCAUGUUUAAGACUUUAUUUAUCAAUAUAUUAUAAAACUUACAUCUCGAAGACAAAGAUUAAAAAAUAUAUUCAAGAUUUUUCUUCGCAGUAAUUUUUAACAUUACUCGUGCCGGUUCGAGUGCCAUAUACUGAUGUUUAACUCUUUUUGCUGGCUACGUGAUGAGGAAAAAAAUAACUAAUUGGUCUUACUAGUCAUAUAAAUAAAAGGCCUAAAGAUUACGCACAAUAUGUUUUACAAAUACUAUAUGUAAGGAUUACGGAUAACUUUGAAAAAAUUCAUGAUGAUAUCUUCCAGUUUUUACAUUCCUUUAUAUGUACAGAUUAGAGCUCGACUAUUUCUAAAAUUGAUUAUGGGUGAUUUUUUAAAUGAAGUUCAAAAGCGAGAUGAAUUUUAGACGAUUGCAGUUGCAUUGUGAGGUUCAAUUUUACGAUAAAUUAUAGUAAUUGUAGAGAACUCGCCCCAUAACUUUUAAGUGUUCACUAGAGUAAUUAUAAAAUCAAUUAUUAUUCAUUUAUCUUUUGAAAAUAAGGCUGUAUUUUAUUGAAUUUUCGUGUACGUAAAUUACUGAUCGAAAUUAGAUGUAUGAUAUUAUACUAUUCUUAAAUUAUUUCAUAGUAUUUUUAUAUUCAUUCCAUUUAUUCGGUUUUGUGUAGUUCUUUGGUACCAGACUGAUUUUGGGUACUUUUAUUUUAUGGUGCAAUUUAUGUCUAGAGCGUUGUGAUAAUCUGUUUUAAAUUACAAUAUAAUAUUAUACA